AUGUACGACUACUCCUUGCCCCACAGCCGGUUGGCCACUAGUGACGUGGAAGGGGAGCGGCGUACACGUGCCCAUAUCAGUCUAAGCCGCUCGAGCCCCUGCUCGCGGCUGCUCCUUGAUUGCACUUCCGACCUGCUUGCGGGCCCCGCUGGCUGACGGGUCCCCCACAUUUUGUCUUAUUUUUAUUUCAAUUUCUUUUUCUUCAUUUAUCUCAAAAGUAAGACUGUAAAAAUCAUAUAAAAUCAUAUAAAAUCACAUAAUUACCCAAAAAUUCACGUUAAUCAACUGAAAACUACUUUUCACUCUUUAACACAAAUAUAAGUCUAUUUAUCAUGAGUUAAGGCUAAAACUAUAUUAUUUACUAAUUAGUAACUCAUGAUAAUGAAGACUUAUCAAUAACUCUACAAGUGGAUAAUUUUUAUUUUUAUUUUAUUUUUAACAGUUCUUUGAUAGUAUUCACUUUUCUAGUUAGACCUAACUUCAUUCCUAUCAGCAAAAAGAAUUUACUUUGAAGGGUUACUUCAUUUUAAAAGGAAUUCCACAUAAACUACUCAUUUCAUUGUUGAUAGAGUGUCCCUUCUCAUGGUUGUACUUUGUGUUCUUCCUUGUUUUUCUGAUUUGAGCUUUAUUUUUUGUUCUUCAUCAUCUCAAUGAAUGACCUGAAAUCAUAAAAAAAAUUGAAUUUUCCAUUUGAAUUCAGUUUAAUAAUAUUUUAAUUUUUAUCAUUUAGAUGGCAAUGACAAAAGUGUCAUCUAACUUUUGGUGUAGUUGUUGUGGAUUUGCUUAAGAUAAUGAUAAUGUCUAUUCUCACUUAAUUCAUUGCUGAUUUUGUUCUCUUUUUAGUUUCAUCUAAAAGAAAUAGCAAACACGAAGCAAACUAGUUAGAAAUGGGAGAUGCAAUUGGUUUUCAAAGAAAAGUGAAGAAAAGAGUCUGGUGAUAGCCCUUUAUCACUUCUUUUUAAUUUUCUUCCAUUUGUACCUAAAUUUAGUUUUCACUUAAAUUUCCUUUAUAUUCUAUCAAUUUUUCUUUUACUUUUCUACAUUUAACUUUCCUUUAUUUUUCUUACGCUAUUGAAUUGGAAAAAGAAGAAUUAAAAACCUUUCUAAUUACUAUAUAUAUGGUAGGAGAUUUUUGAAACCCACAUUAGCCAAACCUAUGUCAGAUAUAUUUUUAUUUUAUCCUAUACAAAUUAAUAGUUCAAAUAUACAAAUGAAAUAUAGGAUCCUCCUAGAAAAUCGAAGGAUUAUUUUAAUCCACCUAUGGGCAUAACUUUACACCAAUGUCAAGUUUGUAGGCAUUAUAAUAAAUUACGAAUAUUAAAAUGCUACCAAUCUGUGGACACUAUAGUGAAGAAUUGUAUCAGCAUUUAAGGAAUUUUUUGAGGGUUUGUAGGAGAGUAAAAGAUACAGAUGACACAUUGAGGCUAACUCUUUUCCUUUUCUCAUUAGAAGAUGUGGCUCGUUAUUGGUUUCCUACCUUAAGGAGAGAUAGUAACAAAUAUAAUGUGAUGACACAAGAAUUUCAUAAAAAAUAAAUCCUUGAGAAAAACCAAAUAAUAUGAGUAAAGUGAUUAUGGGAUUUAAUUAGACUCAUGGGGAAUGUUUAAAUCAAGUAUGGAGCGAAUUCAAGAGAUUGAUGAUGAAAUGUCUAUAUCAUGGUACAUCUAAAUGGUAAUUAAUGAAAAUAUUUAAUGAUAGAUUAACAUAAUCUUUCAAAUAAAUGGUUGAUACUUCAUGUUGAGGGACAUUCUUGAGCAAAAAUGAAGAUGAAGCAUAGAGGUUACUUUGAGAUCUUAAUGAGCAUUCUUUGAAUUAUACAUUAUCAUUAUCUUAUGAUAGAAAUACUAUAAUCUCCAAGAAAUGAGGAAAAUAUGAGGUAGGUCAACAUGACAAUAAAGAAUUGAGAUUCAAAAGAAACUAGAGAAAUUAUCUAGGAUGAAUGAAUAGUAGAAAGGAUGAAGCAAAUAUUAGCUCUACAAGAUAAAUUAAAUCAGAAGUUACAAAGUUCCACUCAAUGUUACCCAAUGUUCUCACACUACACCAUCGCUAGCCACCAUGGAAAUAAGUGUCCUAUCUUAACACAGUUCACAACAUCAUUGCAAGAAUAAUUUUUUGUUACCCAGGCUAUUCUAGUAGAAAAACUACCCUUAUUGAUGCUUUUUCUUAUUAAGUAUAUUAUCUUUUAAAAUUGAUGUUGUGUGAUUCCCAAGAUAGGUCCACUUAUUUUAUUGCUCAUGGUGAGAACAUAGAGAGCACCCAUUUGGCUUGCAUCUGGCUGAUUUAUUUAUAGUAGAGUGCCUUAACGUUAGUGAUUUCUUAAUCACAUUUAUUACCAUAGUCACCCUUCUUAGAUUAGGUUGCUUGUACAGGGUUUAGUCAUUUCUUCAACUCAUCUCACAUCUAUUAUCCUUCCUAAGUUUAUGACAUCAACACUUGGAAAAUAACUCCUUGUGGACCAGGUUGAUAUUUCCUUCCUAUCAUAGGCCCACCCCAGCCUGACCCACCAAACAUCAUUGAUCCUCACUGACCUCAUGCUUCUCCUCAUUCACUAUCUUUCUCCUCCACAUUGAGCCCCUGAUAGAAAAGAGGACCCUUUUCUUGGCCGUCGUCACCACCCAUCAUCCCUUUACUCCUAUCACUAGCUCUCCCAUCUCCCUCAACGACUGUUCAUCCCUACUCUAUCCUUCACCACUCACAAUCCAGCACCACGAUGGCCCACAUUGUAUGUGAGAAUCAGCUUGACAAGAUUGAAUUGUCAAAGAAACCCAAUGGGACUUUGAUGGAACGUUGGAAUAAACUUUCACAGGCUAUGUUCUCUACUGAUACAAGCUCUACUGUUGCACUAUAAUCUCUACAGGUUUUCACCACACUCUCUAGUUUCCUCUCCACUUAUAUUUUCUUUUUUUGCCCCCAAUUUAACAUGAUCUUCAAAUUGACAUUAUCUGUACCUAUCUCAUAGAUCAUUUGUAUCUAUUUCAUGUGUUAUUUUAUGAUUGUUCAUGUUUCAUGCUAGCAUGUAACUUUUUUUCAUGGUGUGCUUUUACCCUAUUAACUAGUGCAUUGGACAGUCUAAUGAAAGGUGCAUUGUAUUACUGGGAAAAAUUCCUAUUAAGAGAAAAUUUACCAUUAAGUUCCAUCAUCAAUGUUUUGAUAUUGUUGUAAACAUCUUUACCCUUAAAACAAUUUUUACGACAUUCAUGAUUUCUUAGUGUUGCCUUAACUCUAUUUUUCAAUAUUUUCUAAUCAAAAAGUUAUUACGAAAUUCUUCAAUUUAAGCUCUUUAGUAUUGAUAAAUAAAGAAAUAUCUGCUCUUACAUUUAAUUCCUUCUAAGUAAUUUUUUUUCUUUUUAUUUAUUUCAAAUAUAAAGCUUUGUGGAAAAGUUAUUUUCAAGUCUGUUUAGUUGCUCAUUUUUCUUUAAAAAUCAUUCCUAAUAUCUAUUACUUAUAUUGUGAAUACCUCUUUGUGAGUUUCUAAUAGAGUGAAAUUUAAGUGAAUUGAUACUUGUAAAAAAGUGACAAUCAACUUCCCCACUAGCAAUUUUUAUUUUAAACGUGCAAAAAGUAUGUAUCCUUCCAAAGUUCAUCACUCUUUAAGUAGCCAAAAAUAGUUUGUGAUCACCUAAAGGAGAAAACAUGCUAAGAUUAAGAAUUCCUAAAUAAAAUGACAUAGUGUUGAGCUUAAUAAUGUAUAGACUUCACGUCCAAUGAAGCUUGGAAUAGGGAGACUUGCCACAUCAUUAUAAAAUUGCAAUUUAUUUUCUAUGGCAUGAGAACAACCAAAUAGUGUGACCAAACCAAUAUCAAAACUUAAACAGUUGGCAGCAAUCUGAGAAGACCAGUUCAUCCUGCCUUUUUAUUCCUCAUGUGUGAAAACCAUGAAUAAAAGUAAACCUUAAAUACAUAAGGAAAGAAAUUUAGAAUUCUUGAACCCACAACUAAUCAUAAGAUCAUCCUAUACAUGGAACAAAAAGUAAAUCCCUUGAAUACACAAGGAGUUGAUUAAAUCCACAAGGGAUUAAGGAAUAUAUAUGGAGAGAUAAAGAUCAAACGAAUAUUUUUGACUUCAAAAUCAAUCUUUUUAGUUUUUCAUCAUUGAGUGGAUAUGCUAAUUGAAAGUCUCAAAUAAAGUAUUGAUGCAGUAGAAAGCAAGGUAAAUGAUAUCACUAAAAACAAAUGAACUAGUUGAGGUUUGAAAAUAUAAUGUUUUGACUGUCUCCAUUUUGUGAAUUUGAGUCAUUUUAAUUUAUUUUUCCCCCCUCAUUCUGAUGUAGGAGGGGGCGAGAACCCUUGUACCUGAUCAAUGAAACUCAAGACCCAGAUGGGGCAGUCGGACUGAUCCGAUAAGAAUGUAUGGAUCCUAGACUCUAAGUCUGACCACCUAACCUAAGUACAGGCAGGCAUACCAAUAUGCACUAUCAACCCAGGACAACUCGGGGAAAUACUCGACGAUGGUAAGUAUGAGACCCUCUUGGUCCACGUUUGGACAGACAGCGGAACGGUCGUCGUGAAGUAGCCUAGGGCUGCAGCUCACAAACGGUGACGAAUCUGACGCAGCGUUAGAAGUCACGAUCCUAUAACCCGUCCAAUCCUAUCUACGUCUCCUGAUGGCGGUGGAAAUGAGCUGAGAAAACCCUUCGAAAGGUAAUUAAACUUAAGUAAGAAGGUGUACGGCGCUAACCUUCGGGGCUGUGUAGCCCGGUGGGUCGUGACGGAGCGGAGACUCGUUGUAGGCAGAGACAUCCGGUGAAGAGCGAUGCUCAACGUCGACGAUCAGAUCUGGUCGAGAGUCGUAGUAGUCAUCGUCGUAAGGCGUGACACGGUCGGCGCGGGCGUGGGCCCACUGGUGGGCCAAAGGGCAUGCUAAUGGGUGUGCGCGACAAGCCGCGCAGCGUGCCUCGAGCAUGCGGGCGGCGGCGCCAGGUGGGCACGCAGGCCGCAAGAGCUGGCGCGCGGGGCGUGUGUGGUGGCAGCGCUUUGGCGGGAAUGCCAAGCGUCAGCGGCGCUUCGGCGGGAAUGUCGAGCGUCGGUAGUUGUGCGGAAGCCCGACUGUCGUCGGAAGGAACGGCCCUCUCUAGCGGUGCCGGGAAGCGGAGCAGAGGAAGGAGAUGAUCCAGCCGAUGAUACUAGGGAGGGUUGAGCCCUCCUGGUCUAGGCAGUGCUGGAAACGGCACAACGGCGGCGGAGCAUCGAGAAACUCCAGUGGGGGCUUGUGAGGAGCUUGGACUGGAUCUGGCUCGUCGGCACGGCUGCAGGGUCUCUCCCGACGUCGGCGGCAGGUAGGCGUUCGUCGGCAAAUGGCCAGCGACUGGGCGGAGCGGCGAAGGGCGGCCCCGGCGAGUUUAUGGUGGAGUUCCAAAGGAAGAGGUGGCAGUUGAACUAGGAGUCAAGAGACUCUGGCAGAGCGCUCGACGAUGGCUCGUAGGGAGGCGAAGCAAGCCCCUUUUGUCAUGAUGGCAUGACGGGGUUCCAACAGAGGCAGUGGCGGUUGCAGCGGCAACUGCGACUGUUUUGUCUGGUGAUGGCGGCGAUCUCACAGGCGGCAAUGGAGAUGUCCGGCGGUGGCAGUGGUCUUAAGCGGCGGCGGGACUUCUCAGGCAACAGCGUCACGAUGAAUGAAGUCCUCAAAGGGGUAUCGACGGUCUUCCUCUCUCUCCUUCCCUCCCUAUCCUAGGUCACGAAGAAGGUAACUCACAAAUGAUAAUCUCUCACAAAAUUAGGCGCUUCCUCUUGAGGGGGGUCCUACCUCCCCUUAUAUAGGGCCCACAAGUGGGCUAAGGGGAGGUGGGCCCACUUGAGGCCCUCAAGCCCAUAAGCCACAAAAACAGGCUACAAAAGGGGCUUAUUGGGCCUCUAAAAGAGAGACCCAAUAAGCUCCCCUAAAAGGAGAAAGAGGAGGGCCCUCGUUUGGUGCUUAAGUGGGCCUCAAAUGAAGACCAAAUAAGCCCAAAAGAGGCCCAAAAGGAAAGGAACAUAGGUCCCCCCCCUUAGGGUUUUAAUUGGGCCUCAAAAGAGAGACCCAAUAAACCCUAAAGAAUGGGAGACACAAAUAACAACACACACACACACAGAAUUGGGCCCGCUAACACACAAACGCGAGGCCCAACACGUCAACGUGAAAAUACAAAGAAAGAUAAGGGUGAGCUCGAGCUCAUCAUCGUCGCGGAGGUGGAAUGUCGUCAUCCCAAAGGGCUAGGCCGUGUAGCGAAAGCCAGGCUCCUUCAUCUUCGUGCAUCGAUCAGGCUGAACUCGAACUGCCGGUGUCUCCUGAGCUGAUGGAGAUGGGUCCCGCUCGCCAUCACAUUCUUUCCCCAUAGUUCUGUUCUAUAGGAUCCCUAGUUGCCUAUGGAGUAAAUGAAUAUCAUAAUUAAUUUGGAUUAACUUAUGAUUUUUCCUUGAUCAACACGUUUUUUAAAAACUAGAAACAAGUCUUAAAUUCUUGGAAACUUUGGGUUCUAGUUUUUGAUGAAUAUUAUUUAUUUAUAAAUGAAGUCAUAAAAUGAAAAACAAUGAUGUAUAAAUUACAAAAGAAUAGUGAUACCAAAAUAUGAUUUGAUUUUUCUUGAUUGCAAAGUUAAUUUUUUCAAGUAUCCAAAAGUUUUACAUUGAAAAAAAUCUGCUCUAUUUUUCAUGGAUCAUAGUUUUAUACACGUAAUUGAAAUUAAUUGAGGAAAUCAUGAUGAAAUAACCAGAGUAAUCCUAUGUUAGCAUUUUUUGCUAAUAAAUAUUGAGUACUACAUCUACAGAUGAUACGCUUUAUUGGUGGAUGAUUUUUCAAUUUCAAGUAUGUAAAAAGAAAUUGAUGAGGUGAAAAAUUGUUUUCCAUCAUUCUACUGAUAAAUUUUGCAUAAUAAACACAAACAAUUGGAUUUAUCAAUUGGUGUGCUCAUUUGAAAACAUACAAAUAGUUACAUUAUGAGAAAGUGAUUUUUUUUCUGAAAAAUAGUUCUUUAUCCUAAUUUAAAUAUGUAGAUAAGAAAUGUGCAUGGAAAUUAAUAUUUCUGUUCUUUUAUGAUAUAUUUUUUAAAAUUAUUGAGGAAUAACCAUUUGUAGUCCCUACUCGUUCAGAACUAACAAAGUUGGGACUAAGAUACAACAAAAGUGCCAAUGUAAAACAUGGGCUAUGAAUAAAUUUCAACAACCUCCUUGAUAAGUCUUCAUUAUCAUGAGUUAAUAAUUAGUAAAUAAUAUAGUUUUAGCCUUUACUCAUGAUAAAUAGACUUAUAUUUGUGUUAAAGUAUGAAAAGUGGGUUUCAGUUGGUUAACGUGAAUUUUUGGGUAAUUAUGUGAUUUUAUACGAUUUUUACAGUCUUACUUUUGAGAUAAAUGAAGAACAAGAAAUAAAAAUAAAAAUAUUACAAAAUGAGGGGACCCGCAAGCAAGACGGAAGCGUAGUCAGGGAGUAGCCGCGAGCAGGGGCUUAAGCGGCUUGAACCGAUGGGGCAUGUGUGCGCCACUCCCCUUCCACGUCACCGGUGGCCAGCCGGCUGUGGGGCAAGGAGUGGUCGUACAUGCACGAGAAAGAGACUUUGCUUAGAAAUGUAACAUUACUAUAUAUUCGUCUAAAAAUUCGGCACACAACCGAUGUGGGACUAAACCCAUCACCUUCCUCAAAAGAGGUGGGGACAAUCGACAUGGGUUCAAAUCCUCCCAGAGCCAAAACUCAUAUUUUUAUCUGAUUAUCCCGACUUUCCUACAGAUCGCCGGUGAAGGAUUAAGCAACCAGAAUCGUUAGAUCAUCGGCAAAAAUCUCAUCAACACAAUUCGCGGAGCAUUGUUACUCAAAUUGCUGAAGGAUUCGCGAUAAAAAGAUCGCGAAUCCAUCGAGUAAAUCAUCUCCGAUUGAUCGACGAACAAGCCGUCGUCAGGAAGAGGACGAUCCACCGGGAGACGAGUCGCCACCUCCUGAGAGCGUACCAGAUGUGAUGAAGAGCCUCCUCUUGCUGCGUGGACCUGAGGAUGAAGCUCCCUAACAUGCGCCCCACCUCCAUCCAGCUCCUCUUCGUCAGGUAACAGCUGCCAGAGAGCCGCAAAGUUACUAUUUUUCUGCUCUGCCAGGUGACAACCGUCGGAGACGAUUCGAAGACCCAUUUCAUUAAUCUCUAGACUUCGCGAGAAAAUCUAGAGAUUGCCCACAUCGUCCUUGUCCAAGGAGAGCCUUCGAGGCUGUGGACACUGCACGACGAUCCUCUCAAACACUCAAAAUUCUGGUGCAUCACCGACGCAUCGCUGCCGCGACGCCGGAACUCUGUUUUCCUACUUUCAACUUAAUUUCCGUUUCAUUUAGUGAUAAUUUAUUGAUUUUAAAUUUACCAACAUAUAAUUCAUUUCAUUACGAUUCUUCUGUCUUUUACAGAUCUUAAUUUGAUCAAUUAAAUCAUUUGUAAUCGCUUAUGUAAGAAUCGUCGAGCGGAACUCUAUUUCUGCCCGAUUCGCAUUCGCCGGGCACUGACGUCAUCCUGACGCCCGCACCCUUAUUUUCUUUUUUCGUGAAUUUUAAAUAUAUUUCUUUUUCAUUUCUUAGUGUAAAAUUGAUAUAAAAUAGUAUUCUCUGAGGAAAAUUCUGAAUAAUUACUAGAUAUUAUAUUACAUCCCUAUGAUUAACCUGGAAAAUUACUGCUAUUUUUAGAAGUUUUAUUGAAUUAUAAUUGAUAUAUUUGUUCAUAAAUACUUCUAAAUAUCUAAAAAAUCGUAUUUUCUAGUUUUAUAAAUUUUAGAUUUACGUGAUUUAAUAUACAACGACUAAGUCACGUCACUCCUCACACUAGGCUUGCUUACAAUGCUCUAUGUUUACUCUCACCUUUAGAGCAUUCAAUGAAACAGGAGUCUUAAGAUCCUCUAUGUGCAACCUUAUUUAUUGAUUCAAUAUUUUUAUUAUUUUUAUUGAUUUUUCAUUGUUUUGGUACACAUGCUCUCUUUGUCCUUCGAUAUUUAAUUUUCUAAUGAAUGGAAAUAUUUAAGUGGAGCUCUCAUUUAGUGUUUUCAAAUAAUUGAGAGUAACUUAUGAUAAAAAAUAUAAUUAGUGAUGUGACUUAGUUGUUAUAUAGUAAAUCAUGUAAAUUUAAAAUUUAUAAAACUAGAAAAUAUGAAUUUUUAGAUAUUUAGAAGUAUUUUUGAAAAAAUAUAUCAAUUAUAAUUUAAUCAAACUUCUAAAAAUAGUGGUAAUUUUCUAGGUCGAUCAUAGAGAUGUAAUAUAAUAUCAGAUAAUUAUUCAGAAUUUCCUCAAAGAAUACUAUUUUCUAUGAAUUUUAUACUAAAAAAUGAAAAUAAAAUAUAGUUAAAAUUGAUGAAAAAGGAAAAUAAGGGUGCAGACAUCAAGAUGACGUCAGCACCCAGCAAAUGCGAAUUGGGCAGAAAUAGAGUUCCACCCGAUGAUUAUUACAUAAGUAAUUACAAACGAUUUAAUUGAUCAAAUUAAGAUCUAUAAAAGUCGGAAAAAUCAUAAUUGAAUGAAGUAUAACUUGGUAAAUUUAAAUCACACAAAUUAUCACUAAAUGAUGUAAAAUUUAAGUUGAAAGUAAGAAAAUAAAGUUCCGAUGCCGUGGCGGCGAUGCGUCAAUGAUGCACCAGAAUCCUAAGCGUUCAGGAGGAUUGUCAUGUAUUGUCCAUAGCCUCAAAGGCUUUUCUUAGACAAAGAUGACGUGGACAAUCUUUAGAUCUCUUUGCAAAGUCUAGAUAUCAAUAAAAUGGAUCGUCAAAUCAUCUCCGGCGGCUGUCACCUGGUGA